CGUCCAGUCGGUACACCAUCUGUCAAAUAAACAUUGCCGGAUGAUAGGUCAUUUUUCCGUUUUCGAUUUUUGCAGUGGUUUUUCAACUUAAUUACAGUGAUUAAUUAGUCCGAAAGAAUUAUAAUUAUUAUUUAAUAAUGUCUAUCUUAGCGUACAAUGGAGGUGCGGUGGUAGCGAUGAGAGGUCAGGACUGCGUCGCCAUCGCCACGGACAAGCGGUACGGUAUCCAAGCCCAGACGGUGUCGACCAACUUUCCCAAGGUGUACCAGAUGGGCCCUACACUGUAUGUAGGACUCCCGGGCCUUGCUACAGACACCCAAACAGUAUUCCAGAGAUUAAAGUUCAGAAUGAACUUGUACGAACUGAGAGAGAACAGAGCGAUGAGACCGAAAACAUUCUCGGCAAUGUUGUCAAACUUGCUCUAUGAAAAGCGUUUCGGCCCCUACUUCAUCGAGCCUGUCAUUGCUGGCUUAGAUCCUUAUGACAACCAACCCUAUGUGUGCAAUAUGGACCUGAUUGGUUGCCCAAAUGAGCCAGAAGACUUUGUCGUAUCCGGCACCUGCUCAGAACAGCUGUAUGGUAUGUGUGAGGCGCUGUGGGAGCCCAACCUGAAGCCAGAUGAUCUGUUCGAGACCAUUUCACAGGCGCUAGUGAAUGCGGCGGACCGCGACGCCAUCUCGGGGUGGGGCGCGGUGGUCUACAUCAUCGAGAAAGACAAGAUUACUGAGAAACACGUCAAGACGAGGAUGGAUUAGGUAAUUGGUAUCAAGUUUCAUAAUAAAAUUUUAAUAACCCAC